AUGCGUCACUUCUUCGCAACAGCCGUGGCCGUAGCCACGAGCAUCCUGUCUCACCGCACCGCUCUCGCAUUGCCCGUCGUUGCCGAGCCUGCCAAUGCCGUGCAGAGCGUCAUCAUCAGCGCGCACAACACGCUCAACGGCACCGCCCCUCCACAAUCGCAACAACAGCAACACCAGCAGAGCCUCGGCGUCACCGACUUUACCGCCUCCUCGACCUCGACCUCGACCUCGUCCAACUCGCUCAAGUUCGCCGUCCACAACAACCUCCCCAGCACUCAGCACGGGCUGAUGGCCUACGUCACGGGGCGGGACAUGUCUGGGGCGGUGGUGAUGCUCAACAGCGCAGGGCAGUGGUACUACCCGGACGCGCAGGGGAGCAUGAUCCCCGUGGCGAUCCCCGAGUCGGCCAACAUCGGCAUCCCGCUGUCCCCCAAGACGUCCGAGUUCACGAUCCCGGACUUCAUCGAGUCUGGCCGCGUCUAUGUCUCCGACGGCCGGCUGUCCUUCCUCGUGGUCACGUCUGACCUCGGCGGGACGACCCUCGUGGAGCCGUCUGCCGCGAACCCGGCCGACGCCUCGGCCAACGUCAACUGGGGCUUUGUCGAGCUGACCAACCUCAAGGACGCGGGAAUCUUCGCCAACAUCUCGUUUGUCGACUUUGUCGGGCUGGUCAUGGGCAUGCGGCUGCACCUCGCCUCCGGCGACGCGGCGACCCAGACCCAGCAAGUCCAGGGUCUCGCCGGCGACGCAGUCCAGGCCAUCUGCGACGAGAUGCACGCCCAGGGCGCAAAGGACGGGCAGCCGUGGGGGGACAUGUGCGUGACGGACGCGGCGUCGGGUAAAGCGCUGCGCGUCAUGGCCCCCAACAUGUACGUCGCGAGCCACGCCGAGGCCAUGCUCGACUACUACACCGAGUACGUGGACAAAGUGUGGGCGCGCUUCGCCGGGGAGGACCUCGUCAUCGACACGCAGUCCGGGGCCGGGAAAGUCGCCUGCCGUGUCAAGCCGGCGCAGAACAACCCAGACAAGCAGGUGCUCGCGUGCGACGGGGACAACCGCGAGUACGUCAAGCCCGUGGCGAGCGACAUCUGGGGCUGCAACACGGGGCCCUUUGCCAUCGUGGCUAGCGACAACGACGUGCACAAGGCGGUCGUGCCGCGGCUGUGUGCGGCUUUCACGAGGUCGGAGCUGCUCGUCGAGGGCGGCAGCAUCUGCACGCCCAGCGAGGAGAGCAGCAAGCGCUACUACCAGGCGGACCCGACGAACCACUAUAGCCGCAUCAUCCACGAGCACCAGGUCGAUGGCAAGGGGUAUGCCUUUUCCUACGACGAUGUUAACCCGGACGGGCAGAACGCGGCCGGCGUGGUCGCCGGCCCUUCGCCGCAGCUGCUCGAGAUCUUUGUCGGUGGCUUUGGCGACGAUGCUGGUGGUGGUGGCGGUGCUGGCAAUGCGUCCCUGCCGGGCGUCCAGUGGCAUGGCAGGCGCGAUGUGCCCAUCCGGAGGAGGCUGACCAGGUUCGACCGGUCUAUGUUGGGUGUUGAGUGA